AUGGGGUCGCUCUUCACGGGCAUCAAAACUCUGAUUCUCCACGAGGAUUUUGGUUGCGAUGUCUACCUACUUCCAAGCCAGGAUGGUCACCUUCCAGCUUCGGAGUCGCAUGGCUACGGCCGUGAGUCUCCAGCUCGGGGUGUCCGUCUGCCGCGGCGGUGCCUGCACCGCCAAGGCCACUGA